CGUCAAAGAAAAUGCAAAUGCGUAUACCCUGAGCGUCGGCAACGCCAAAGAGGAAUACGGGCCAGGGAGCCGCUUCGUCGACGCCUACAAUGCGUGCGAGGUUUGCUUAAUUAUCAAUGCAGAGAACGGCAUGGCAAAUGAGUUCAAUCUGUCUUCAAAAUUCCACGAGUAUGUCGGUUACUGCGAGGCGGCGGGGUACGAGAUACCCGAGAAGGUCACUGCCACACUUACGGCGACGGUGGCUGAUCAUUCACUUACGCUCACUGUGACGACGGCGCUGAGCGGCGGUCUGGUCGCCACUACGUCGAGCUCGAGCCAGCCAUCUGUAAUAACAAUGCCUACACCCACAACUGACGUACCAGCCUCCACAAGCGAUUCCAGGAGCAAGGCAUGGAUCGCUGGACCAGCAGUUGGCUCAGCAACCGGUAUAUUGUUGCUAGUUCUGUUACCCCUAUUCAUAUGGCACAGGAGACGAAAGCGGCAGCGGGAGACCACAAGGGCCGGGGACUACCACGAUAAGCCACAACUACAUUCUGACUGCAUUCCACAACUCAAACCGCAGGAGCUGGACAAUACUCAAGUCAGCGAACUGGAGGCUCACCAUCCAGAACUCGUGGGCACGGAACAGUUUCCAGAGCUCGCCGAUACUAGCGCGAAGGGCGGAACGACUUCGUGA